GCUCAGUCGCGCUGUUUCUUUACAACAAUAUUUGCAAAUCUUUCGCUCCUUAUGGUCUUCUUCGUGUCUAGCUGGAUUCUUCCUCUCCUGAUCUGGGCUCUUGUUCUCCCGGUGGUCGUCGCAACGGAGCAGAUUCAAGGUCGACCUCAGCCUGAAAACUCAGGUUCCUCUGAGCCAAUCAGGGCUCCUCUGGGUGGUGAUGUCAUCCUGCCGUGUGUUGUGCAGCCUCAGAUCAAUAUGGAGGAUUUGACGGUGAUGUGGUGGAGGCCCGAAAUCCUUGUGGACCCAAACUGGUACGUUCACCUGUACCCUGAAAAGCAGCAUCAGGAGGCCCAGACGAUGCCGUCGUACGCUGGGAGGACGGAGAUGUUCGCAGACGGCCUGAAACUCGGGAACGUUUCCCUCCGGAUCAGAAACCUGAAGCUCUCUGAUGACGGGAGAUACAGAUGUAUCAUCCCACACCUGCCGUUAGAUACCACCAUAAAGCUGGAAGUCUUUGAACCGAUCUCUGAUGACACUUUGACGACCACACAGUUUCCAGGAAAUCUCCAAACUCCAGAUCCAAAAAAUGAGACUGAUGUCAAAGUUGGUCAGCACAAUUGGAGCUCGUGGGUCGUGGUUCUGUCAAUCUGCAUCUUAGUGGUCGUGGCUGUUGGAGCUGGUGGAUGUUUCUUGAAAAAUAAAUAUCAGAGACGACAUCCGCCGGACUACAGGGUCUCAGGAACCAAAUCACCUCCUUCCUCCCCUGGUCAAUAUGUGGGGAUAAGAGCAUCAGAUGUGGGAUUCAGACCUGCAGCACCUCUGGACACAAGUGGACCGACCGGGGAAACAACAUCUUGAAACGCAAAGCAUUACUGAAAGGACUUUAUCUUUUCUACUUGUUCCAGAUGAGGACCGAGCGUAUUGGGCCAAUAACACGUCUUUACCUGGCUCCAAAAUGGUGGGUUGAGCUUAGGGCUGUGCGAUUAUGGCAAAAAUCAUAAUCACGAUUAUUUGGUCAAUAAUUGAUAUCACGAUUAUUUUGACGAUUAUUCAUUGACCAUUUAUUGAACUUUAAAACAAAUAAUAUUUUACCAAUAAACAAGAUCAACAAAUAUGUUGGAGCGCACUUCCAAAACCAUACUAAACAUAUAUUAAUAUGAUAAAUAAAAAUAAAUUAGAC